UACACCCCAAACAGAAGGUGUCGACAAACGCCCUCUUUUAGUUUCUGAAUCCGCAUUAGAUCAGUGAAGAGCGCCGUUUAUCGCCCGUUCAUACAGUUCAUACGCGAGCACAGUUCAGCUUGUCGUGUUAUCUUAUUAUUUAUUUAUAGACAUAUAUAAGAAGUGGUAAAAUACUUUAUUAAGGGGUUGAUAUAUUACAUCAACUGGCUUCGGUUGAGUAGACGAAGCGUCUUUUGGGGGUUUAUCAGAAGUUUUAUUUCCAGCAUGGCGGAUGGAGAGGGGUUUGUGGUGAGAGUCAGAGGUUUACCCUGGUCCUGUUCUGUUGAUGAAGUUCAGAGGUUUUUCUCAGAAUGCAAAAUUGCAAACAAUGGAACAAGCAUACACUUCACAUACACACGGGAAGGACGACCAAGUGGAGAGGCGUUUGUUGAGUUUGAUUCGGAGGAAGAUCUUAAAAUCGCAGUGAAGAAAGAUCGUGAAACUAUGGGGCACCGUUAUGUAGAAGUAUUCAAAUCAAAUAGUGUAGAGAUGGACUGGGUUCUUAAGCAUACCGGACCGAACUGCCCAGACACAGGAGGGGAUGGCCUGGUUAGGCUUCGCGGUCUGCCCUUCGGAUGCAGCAAGGAGGAAAUUGUCCAAUUUUUUGCAGGGUUGGAAAUCGUGCCAAAUGGGAUAACAUUGCCGGUGGACUUCCAGGGGAGGAGUACGGGGGAGGCCUUCGUGCAGUUUGCUUCACAGGAUAUAGCCGAAAAGGCUCUAAAGAAACACAAGGAAAGAAUAGGGCACAGGUAUAUAGAGAUCUUCAAGAGCAGCCGUGCGGAAGUGCGCACACAUUAUGAACCCCAGCGUAAGGUCAUGGGCAUGCAGAGACCGGGCCCCUAUGACAGGCCAGGAGGAGGCCGCGGUUACAACAGCAUGGGCAGAGGAGUCUCCUUUGAGAGAAUGAGACGUGGAGGCUAUGGUGGAGAUGGUCGUUAUGGAGAUGGCAGCUCCUCAUUUCAGAGCACAACAGGGCACUGUGUGCACAUGAGAGGCCUUCCGUACAGAGCUACUGAGACAGACAUAUAUAAUUUUUUCUCUCCACUGAACCCGGUACGUGUUCACCUGGAGAUCGGUCCCGAUGGGAGAGUGACGGGCGAGGCAGAUGUAGAGUUUGCCACACAUGAGGACGCCGUGGCUGCCAUGUCAAAGGACAAAGCCAAUAUGCAGCAUCGUUAUGUGGAGCUGUUCCUAAAUUCAACGGCAGGGGGCGGAAGCGGAGGAUAUGGUGGCCAAAUGAUGGGCGGGAACCAGUCGUCAUACGGACACAGCAGCCAACAGAUGGGCUCUGGCUACAGCGGUGGUUAUGGUAACCAGAGUGGCAUGGGGGGCUACAGUGACUACAGUGAGUGUCAGCUCUUCCGUAGCUCUGCUAGCCGGUUCCAUGCCAAAUCCUAUCGCCCUUGGACCCCUAAGGGUAGCUGUUUGUAAUGCCUGAUUAAAAAGCCUUUCGUGUUAUCCUGUUGUAGAUGAUCAGGUAAUCAGGGCGGAAUGGGCAGCAGUUACUAUGGCGGAGGCAGCCGCGGAUCCAUGGGAAUGAACGGCCUCAACAGCGGCAUGGGGGGAGGCUGGGGAAUGUAGCCUCUGGGGCCUUUCAUAGCUGGUUUAUAACCUACAACAAACCUUAAUUUAAACAGUGUCCUCUUUUGUUUGUUUGUUUGUUUGUUUGUUCCUUGCUCCAUUCUAAGUUGUUUCAUGGCUUUACACAAGCAAACUUCUUUUUCCCUGUUGACAUGGUUGAGGAAAAUCAUUUAACUAGAGUUAGUAAUUUAUGUUGAAGAGAAGUUCUUUAUUUGCUGAAAUGUGACAGCCCAUGUAUCACACUGGAGAGGUGCCUGUAAAUAUGUUUACAGUCGAGUAUAAAAAGAGGUGAUUUUUGUUUCCUCAUUGCAGGGCACAGUGGGCCAACUUUAUCAAAGCCUUUAGUACAGGUUGACGUCUUUGCACAUGGAGGUUUCACUCUGUCAGCGAAUGUAGCACAUCAUAUCUUAAACUUUUCGCUCCAGCAAAGGUGUUUUGCAUGUAUUUAAUGCUUAAUCCAGGCCGAAAGUUUCAAAAGAGUGUACAAGUUUAGGGGGGAAAAGUUUUGUAUUAUUUUAAAGCAUGGUUACAAGUGAAGGGGUUUCAUUUAGAUGCAUGUUACUGUUUGCAUUUGGAAAAGCAUUUGCUUUUUUUCCCCCCCAAGCAAUGUAUCACGUGUGGUUUCAGUGUAGUGCAUCAAUGGACAGAUGUCUUGAUUCCUUAUGUCUUCACAGAUGGGUUAAUACUUCAAGGCAGUGUUUAUUAAACCAUACACAAUUCUA